AUGCCAACACUAAGCCCUACAGAAAAACCUCGGGAUCUUCCGACCAGUGGAUACGAACACAUCGACGCUGAAUGUCUGGUGGAGGAGGAAGAACUGCCCGAUUACAGAGCAGACCGGUUUUAUCCUGUUCACCUAGCACACCAGUACGUUGCGCUAAAAGUUUAUGUGCGCACAUCGUUAGUUCACCGCGAGCUGCCGUCAUACCACCAUAUCGCUAGCCGUAUAACGCACAGUUCACACGAAGGACGAGGGAAUGUGCGCAGACUGUUGGAUUCGUUCGCCAUUAAUGGUCCUGAUGGCGACCAUAUUGUCCUUGUCUUUGAACCCGCACAACUGAGCCUCCGCGACAUGAAAGUCGUGUUUCGUCCGGAAGGAUUUGACGAAGACUUCGUUAGAGGUGCUAUUAUUGAGCUUUUGAAGGCUCUGGAUUUCCUACAUACAUAUGGGGAGAUUGUCCACACCGAUGUUCACCCUGGGAAUAUGCUCCUUGGUGUCUUCGAGAACAGCAUUUUCCAGCCACUUGAAGAGAAAGAAUACACCGAUCCAGUCCCCCGUAAACAAGUGUCUCCUACCCGGACAAUCUAUCUCUCCCGACUAUUGCGACCUAAAGAAGGUCCAAUGCUUUUAUCCGACUUCGGCGAAGCCAGAAUUGGCCGUGGGCCCCACGGUGGUGAUAUUAUGCCCUUAGAAUACCGUGCCCCUGAGACGUUACUUUAUGUGGGCUGGAGCUAUCCGGUGGAUAUAUGGAGCGUCGGCCUCACGGCGUGGGACCUUCUGGAGCCGAAGAAGCUGUUCACUGCACGUGACGAUGAUGGCGAUCUCUACGAUGCCGCUCAUUUGGCCCAGAUUAUCGCAGCAUUAGGUCCUCCUCCCGUAGAAUUUCUUGCUAAAAACCCAGAGAGAAAAGCAGACUUUUGGGAUGACGAAGGAAAUUGGCUGGGUCUUGCGCCCAUACCAGAAUCUCGAACAAUGGAAGCCCUCGAAAGUCGCUUGAAAGAUAAAGCAGGCUUCCUCAAAUUUAUCCGGAGGGCAUUGACCUGGAUGCCGGAGGAGAGAGCAACUGCCAAGGAGCUUCUGCAAGACCCUUGGUUGACAGGGGAAAAUCGCUAG